UUUAGGUUGAUGCAGCAGGAAGAGUUUAUAGAUCUGAAAUGGAAGCUAAAUCUGCAUUUGACAAAAUUAAUAGAUCAUCUGAGUCUGCGUCUACAUUAAGUAAUGAAGACUUCGUUGUGGUUCAUCAGCAAUCUGAGGAUUCUUCUGCAAAAGAUGAGAAACCUCAGCUAAAGAUAUUUUCAAAUGGAGAUGAACAAUUGGAGAAAGCCAUGGAAGAGAUACUGAGGGAUUCUGAAAAAGGCCAGAACAGUUAUGCUACUGACUGUGAAAGCUCCAGUGUUCCUUGUAAGCAGGCAGCUGGAGAUGUGUCAGCCUGUCAAGCAAAUCACUCAUCACCAUCUUUACAUCUAAUUCUGGACCCUUCUAUUACAGAAAUCUCUGCUCCCAGACCCUCUUCUCCCAGUGAACCACCAGAGGAGGACAGUGUAUUAUUUAAUAAACUGACGUACCUAGGCUGUAGAAAGGUUUCUGCCCCUCGCAAUGAAUCGGAAGCUCAGUGUGCAAUGGCAGCUAUGAAAUCCUCAAGCCAAUCACCUCUUCCCGUGACUCUCUAUGUUCCAAACGUCCCAGAAGGCUCUGUAAGAAUAAUUGACCAGUCCAGCAAUAUGGAGAUAGCUUCUUUCCCAAUCUACAAAGUGGUGUUCUGCGCACGGGGGCAAAAUGGGACUCCAGAGUGUGACUGCUUUUCAUUUACUGAGAGCUGUUGUGGAACAGAAGUGUUUCAGGUUCAUGUUUUCUCCUGUGAGAUUAAAGAGGCAGUCAGCAGAAUUUUGUAUAGUUUCUCAACGGCAUUCAAACGUUCUUCCAAACAAGCAUCGGAUCAAGUAAAAGACUCUGUUCUUCCUACCCCAGAUAGUGAUGUGUAUACUUUCACUGUCUCCUUAGAGGUUAAAGAAGAUGAUGGAAAAGGAAAUUUUAGCCCUGUGCCAAAGGACAGAGAGAAGUUUUAUUUCAAACUGAAACAGGGAGUUGAGAAGAAGGUGGUAAUCACAAUCCAGCAACUGUCAAAUAAAGAAUUGGCCAUUGAAAGAUGCUUUGGGAUGCUGCUAAGUCCAGGACGAAAUGUGAAGAAUAGUGACAUGCAUUUACUGGAUAUGGAGUCCAUGGGAAAGAGCUCUGAUGGGAAAGCUUAUGUUAUUACUGGAAUGUGGAAUCCUAAUACACCUACAUUUCUAGUACUUAAUGAGGAAACUCCUAAAGACAAACGUGUGUACAUGACUGUGGCUGUGGACAUGGUAGUCACAGAAGUAAUAGAGCCAGUCCGCUUUUUGUUGGAGACUGUUGUGCGUGUUUAUCCUGCUAAUGAGCGUUUCUGGUAUUUCAGCAGGAAAACAUUCACAGAAACUUUCUACAUGAAGAUAAAACAGUUUGAAGAAAAAAGCCAUACGAGUUCUGGAGAUGCAAUUUAUGAAGUUGUAAGUCUACAGCGGGAGUCUGACAGAGAUGAAGAAUCAGUCAGCUCAAUGGGUGGAGGGGGUCCAUUAUCACCACAGGAGGAUGAAGUAGAAGAAGAGAGCGAUAACGAACUCUCAAGUGGCACUGGGGAUGUGUCUAAGGAUUGCCCUGAGAAGAUUUUGUAUUCCUGGGGCGAAUUACUGGGGAAAUGGCACAGUAACCUUGGUGUGCGACCAAAAGGACUGUCUACAUUGGUUAAGAGUGGUGUUCCAGAGGCACUAAGGGCAGAGGUUUGGCAGUUGCUUGCAGGAUGCCAUGACAACCAGGCAAUGUUGGAGAAAUACAGAAUUCUCAUCACAAAGGAUUCUGUGCAAGAGAGUGUGAUUACACGAGACAUUCAUCGCACAUUUCCAGCACAUGAUUAUUUCAAAGAUACCGAGGGAGACGGGCAGGAAUCAUUAUACAAGAUCUGUAAGGCAUAUUCUGUCUAUGAUGAAGAGAUUGGCUAUUGUCAGGGACAGUCCUUCCUUGCUGCUGUGCUGCUGCUGCAUAUGCCAGAAGAACAGGCAUUCUGUGUACUGGUGAAUAUCAUGUAUAACUAUGGCUUGCGGGACCUUUACAAAAAUAAUUUUGAAGAUCUUCAUUGCAAAUUUUACCAGCUGGAGAAACUAAUUCAGGAACAACUACCUGAUUUGUAUAGCCGUUUCACAGACCUGAACCUGGAAGCUCAUAUGUAUGCGUCCCAGUGGUUUCUUACCCUCUUCACUGCCAAAUUCCCACUCUGCAUGGUCUUCCACAUCAUUGACUUACUACUUUGUGAGGGUCUGAACAUAAUCUUUCAUGUUGCUUUGGCUCUCUUAAAGACCUCAAAGGAAGACCUUUUACAAGCUGAUUUUGAAGGGGCUUUAAAAUUCUUCAGAGUUCAAUUGCCCAAGAGAUACAGGGCAGAAGAAAACGCCAGACGACUGAUGGAACAGGCCUGCAAUAUUAAGGUGCCCACAAAGAAGCUGAAGAAGUAUGAGAGAGAGUAUCAGACAAUGCGAGAGAGUCAGUUACAGCAGGAAGAUCCUAUGGACAGAUACAAGUUUAUAUGUUUUUAGGUAACUCUCCUGCUGUUGCGCUUUUACGGGAAUCUGCGUGAGAUGCUGAGAAAGAAAGGGUGAUUCUCAACUACUGACACAAAAAGGAGGAAAUGCAUUUUAUUUUAGUCAAAAUGUGCAUGGUCACAUCCACAAAGACUUUUGGAAGGUGAACUCUUCCAAGACUGACAUAAAGUUUAUUCAUUCAUAUCUGUUUGUAGCAAACGUUAACGUUUUAUUUGUCAACACAGUGCCUGGUACAGUGGAACCCAGAUCGAUGUUUGGGGUCUUUAGGUACUAUCACAAUAGAAAUAACCAUGAAAAAUAUCCUCCUUUACAGGAGAAGCAAAAUAAAGCCUCAGUUGUGUAUGAAAUGGAAUAAUGUCUGGUUUUGUUGCAUGCAUCAUAAUUGAUAUCAAUUACACAUUAAUUGAAUCAGCAAUAGUUGGCCACUGGUUCAAAGUCAAAUUAUUUCUUUUUGAUGUCUUAAUUACUGUGGUACGGUCCAGGAUUAGAGAGAUGGUUGACAAAAAAGGAAUAGCUUAUUUGCUGUGGUUCACCGCUGCUUAUGAAGUAACAUAUUUGAAUUUCUGAAUUCCAAGUUAAAACUGGGUCUUCCUCCUUCAAGUUGUUCUCCGUGGGUAGAGGCCCGCACUUAUGUUAGAGUCCGAGGACAUGCAGUUAUUUUCACACAGAGCAGACUUGGGUCCUGAUAUUUGUGUUCAUUUGAAGUUUUUCCAGUACCAUGUUACCAAGAAGCAGGCAGAGUAUUCUUAUCGCUACCCUUUCUUAUGUUUAUCUUCAAAUGCCACAUUCAUAGGUAAAUCCAAAGUUAUUCAAAGAAACAACGUGUGAAUAAUUUCCAAUAAUGAAUAAAUUUGACUGUUCCAUGAUCUACUUAUGAACAGUUGCAAACAGAUGGAAAAGGCAGAAAUGUGGUGAAUAAAUUACUCGUUGCAAAUUAAAAGCCUGACUCUGCACUCAAACUUGGGUGCACAGAUGCUUAUACCUACAGGAGCCUGUGGACUUCAGAAGGGCUCCAUGCAGAUGUUGGAGCCCAUCUACUCAUGUCUCAUUAUAGGAUCUAGGUCUGUUUAACUCCAUUGCCAUAGUUAAUAACAUCUUAACUGAAACACAGUCCAAGAAACCACAUUCUGGUUGAUUGAUUAACAUUUCAGUGCACAGCAUAGCUUUUGCUACAUAACAGCAAUUGCCAUGGUAAGUGCAAAUGCACUGCGAAACACUGAUUAAGAUUUAUUAAGGAAUAUUGCAGAUGAUCCUUAGUUUAACUGGAAUGAUAGCAUCUGUAAAACUACAGAGGAAGCACUCAGUAAGCAUAAAAUCACCAUUUCCCACUUCCAGUCAUGCUCCUAGAAGAGUUCAGCUGGAGCAGAGGCCCUGUGCCCUUUUCUUUAAUGUCAUGACUACAUGUUGUUCCUAUAUAGUAAGAAGAUUUAUAUCUAUAAGUCCUGAUAAAAAUAUAUGGAACUGUGUAAUUUUUAAUUCUUGUUAUAUAUUUGCAUUUUUUGUCCUCAUAUUGACUUAAUUUUUUUGAUAAGUUCUGUAUUUAUUUUAUUUACUAUUCAGGACCUAUUUACUUGUAUAUUUUCUUUUCAACCAGAAGCUUAGGUUUCCUUAGGUGGAGCCCUCAGAUAUGUGGCCAUUUAACUGCCUAAUGGGUUACUUAGCUGUGAACUCUUAUAAUACGGUUAAUACAUUCCAGCAUUUUUUAAACUAUUUUUUAAUAUUAUGCUUAGUAUGUUAAGUAUCAUCCCUAUGUAAAUGACAUUAAUGGAUUCCAUUGGGCAUACACUGAUUAGUACAUUACAAGAUGCUACAUCUUGGCUGCUUACAGAUAUGAAAAAAACCCCAAAAAUGAAGCUUUAAUUUAAACUUGGUGUGCCCCUGCACUGAAUGCAGCACGUGCCCAGAGAAGGUAUUGCUUUAGUUGGACCCACCUCACCCAACAUCUGUAUAGAACUGUGGUACAGCAGGGCCUUUUGGUGCCUUUAUUUAAUAGCUGGUUGAAUCAGCUUUAGAUAAAAGUGCCUAAAACCCCGCUGAUAUGCCUGAGCUAUACAGACUCUGCAGAGCCGGGUCAAACUAACAUGCUGCCUCUUUUGCUAAAGCACUGUUUUUGGGGGGAUUUUUUUUUUUUUUUGGUCACGUCUGUCAGCAGCCCUUGUAUCUAAGAUUGUACAAAAAAAGUGUAUGAUACUGAAGACUUGAA